UCCCUGGUGCUGGCUGCCAUGGCUGACCCCGUCAUUGAGGAAAACGUGUCCCAAGUCCCCGAGCUGUGCUGUGAGUGUGGCCAGGCUCACCCCUUGCUGGACAAUCACCUGUACAACUUCCAGGAGGAGGUGGACGAUGAGCUCAUCUGCCACAUCUGCCUGCAGCCCCUGCUGCAGCCCAUGGACACGCCCUGUGGGCACACGUACUGUUUCAAGUGCCUUGAGAACUUCAUGCAGGAGUAUAACUUCUGUCCCAUGGAUCGGAAGAAGCUCUCCUUCCAGCAGUGCCACAAGUCCAGCCUCCUGGUGAGGAACCUGCUGGAUAAGCUGGUUGUGCUCUGUCCUUUCAAGGCUGAGUGCCAGCAGACCAUGCAGCGCUGUGAGCUGGAAGCUCACCUGCAGAACAGGUGUCCUGGGUUUAAGAAAUACAAAUCUGACCUCCAGAGGAAAAAGAAUCCCAUUUCCAAAGGGAAGGAAGAUCCUUCUGCCAAGGGGGAGACCAACAUGCCCAAGGAUCCAGAGAUCCCAAGUGGAGGCUCCUCACUUGUGGCAGAAAGCUCUGGAGCUGCUGUGGUGUCACUGGGUACUGCAGAGCCUGGACUGGUUAAUCCAGCCUUUGAGGAGACUGAGGAAGACCUUCCUCAGAGAGCCAGUCUUGUGGCUGAAACUACCACCAUCGAAAUCCACCGGGAAGAUCCAGAGGAAGAGCUGGGGAUGAGGAUAGUUGGGGGUAAGGACACCCCCCUAGGGAACAUCGUUGUUCAGGAAGUGCUGCGGGACUCUGUGAUUGCUGCUGAUGGAAGAAUUGCUCCUGGAGAUCACAUCCUUGAGGUGAAUGGCGUCAACAUCAGCAGUGUGACUCACUGCCAGGCUGUCUCCUUCCUGCGCCACCCAGGCCCUGUUCUCCACCUCAUGGUCCUGCAGGAGAAGGGCUUUUCCACCAAGGCUUCACAGCAGGAUUGCAGCUCCACACCCCGGGAAGUGAUCCAUGUCACCUUGGUAAAGAGAGACCGAUCAGAACCCUUGGGAAUCAAACUGAUCAGGAAGACUGACGAGGCAGGGAUUUUUAUUCUGGAUCUCUUAGAGGGAGGCUUGGCAGCCAAGAAUGGGAAGCUGAGUCGGAAUGACAGAGUCCUGUCCAUAAAUGGCCAGGAUUUGAGGCAAGGAACUCCUGAGGCUGCUGCCCAGAUAAUCCAGACCACGGAAUCCAGAGUGAACUUUGUGAUCCUGAGACAGCCUGGGGUGCAGCUGGGGGAGCCAGUGGAGGAUGGCAGCACCUCCAACAGCAGCAGCAGUAGCAGCAGCAGCAAUGGGGGGAGCCCAGUGCACCACAGGAGGCGACCAGACCAGAACCACUACAGACGGAAAUCCAACUACCAGAAGGAUUUGCCUCAGGGAUAUGUAAGUCAUGAGAAGACAGUUGCAAUAAAAAAGGAGCCAAAGGAAUCUUUGGGAAUCACAAUUGGAGGUGGAAGGGAUAACAAAAACAAGCUCCCUAUCUAUGUGACAAGUGUGCAGCCCAUUGGAUGCCUCUUCAGGGAUGGCAGAAUCAAGAGAGGGGAUGUACUUCUGAGCAUAAAUGGCAUCGAUUUGACUCAUCUGAACUACUAUGAAGCUGUCUCAGCACUGAAAUCCAAUGCAGCUUCCCACUCAGUCACACUGAAAGCCUUGGAAAUCUUCUCCCUGAACUCCCCAGAGCCAUCCCUGGACAUCAGGGAGCAGGGAUUCAGCUGGUCUCCCCUCUGGAUCACGUGGCUUGGGUUGCCCAGCUACCUUCACUUCUGCCAAGAUAUUGUCCUUAGUAAAGGAAACUUGGAAAGUUGGGGCUUCAGCAUCGUGGGAGGCUUUGAGGAAAGCAAAGGCAACCAACCCUUCUUCAUCAAAACCAUCGUGCCCGGGACUCCCGCGUUCCGCGACAGGAAACUCAAGUGUGGAGAUGAAAUCGUGGCAGUGAACGGAGUGCCAGCAAUAGGAAUGAGCAACUCAGAAUUAAUCCCAAUGCUGAAGGAGCAGAGGAACAAAGUCACCCUGACCGUGGUGUCCUGGCCAGGCAGCCUCGUGUGA